AUGACUUCAUCCAAGACCAACGGUCUCAAGACCGACCAUGCAGAUGUCCGAUUCAUUUCCUCCUCCUACGGCGGCACCGACCCGCACCAGUCUGCCAUUCAGUUGAUCUUGGCUGUGCGACCUGAGUGGGCUUCGGACGAUUCCAAAAUCGAGUUCGCCCGGUUUACGGACGGCAUCACAAAUACGUUGCUGAAGGCGGUCAACAAGAAAGAAGGCUGGACAAAAGAGCAAGUCGAUGCUGAGGCUAUUCUGCUGCGUGCCUACGGGUCAGGCACUGCUGUCCUCAUCGACCGCGAGCGCGAGGCCCAGAACCACGAACUGCUGUGGAAGCAUGGCCUCGCUCCUGAGCUCCUGGCGCGCUUCAACAACGGCAUGCUGUACCGCUACAUCAAGGGCAGCGUCACGUCCCCUGACGAUCUGCGCAAGCCUGAUAUCUACUGUGCUGUAGCGGGACGACUGGCCGAGUGGCACGCCACCGUACCUUGCAUCCAGCAAGCCAAGCCCGCCUCCAACGGCGCGUCCCAUCAGCAUGGCAACGGCAACGGCAACGGCACCAGCAACGGUAACGGCGCAGGCCACGAGGACCGUCAAACCGUCAUCGACAAUGUCGCGCCUGGUAAACCUCCCCCCAAUGUUUGGACCGUCAUGCAGAAGUGGAUCUUUGCUCUGCCCGACACCACUGCCGAGCAAAAAGCAAGGCAACGCACGCUUCAGGUGGAGCUAGAUAGCCUAGUUGAACAGCUUAGCCAGCGUCCCGGACUGGGCAUCAACGGGCUCGUCUUUGCUCACUGUGACCUCCUGAGCGGCAAUGUGAUCAUUCUGCCCGGCCAGCCUGGCGAUGUCGAGGGCGCAAAGUCUGUCACCUUUAUCGACUACGAAUACGCAACGCCCUCCCCAGCCGCGUUUGACCUUGCGAACCACUUUGCCGAGUGGGGCGGUUUCGACUGCGACUGGAGCGUCAUGCCGACUCGCGCACAGCGCCAGACGUUCAUCACCAAGUACAUCGAGAGCUACUUCGCCUCCCAGCAGAGCGAGGUCGACCGUGAGGCCGAGGUGACCAAGCUCAUGGAUGAGGUCGAUGUCUUCCGCGGCGUCCCCGGCUUCUACUGGGGCAUCUGGGCCUUGAUCCAGGCCACCAUCUCCGACAUUGACUUUGAUUACGCCUCCUACGCCGAGACGCGCCUGUCCGAGUACUGGGCUUGGAAGGCCGAGUCUGACGGCAGCAGGGCUGCCGCAGGUGCGGACAAGCCUCUGCGCGAGAAGCGGUGGGAGCAGAGCGAGUAA